UUCUUAGCAAGAAAGGGGUCUUUUGAAAUCGUGCAUCUACCUUGAUAGUUUGGUGAUCCUGAAGCGUUCCAGAUUUACUAAAAUCUCUUUUACUAACCCUUGACACCUAUUAAUUCAACAGAAACUAAUCGGGCUAUACAAAAUAUAAAAUUACAGCUUUCAAUAACUCUUGUAUACUUAUCGCUUCAUCUUUCCCUGUCAAAUUGUCAAUUGCCAAGACUGGACGUCCGAGAUGUCAAGUGAUACAAAAGAAACAUCACUAGAAGCAGAGUCUCRUCGUCUCAUCAUGGACGCAAAACAACCAAGGCGAGCUGUUCACUUUGAAGAUUUAUGGAAUGCAAUUGGAGGGUUUGGUCGAUAUCCAAUUUUAAUGUUUGUAUUCAUGUGCUAUGCGACGAUUUGCAUUGACUUCCAGAAUUUCAUACAGCCCUACUAUGGCUCUGCACCUAACUACCAAUGCAAGCCAUGGGAUUCAAGCUCCAACACCACGGUCUGCGGUAUCAAUAAAUGUGGAUGUACUAAUUGUACAUACGUGUUUGAUGAUGAAUUCACAAGUGCAGUGUCAGAGUGGGAGCUGAUCUGUGAUAAAGGCCAUCUUAAACCGUUGUCUCAGUCAGUGUUUUAUGGGGGUCUGUUGGUUGGUUCUGUUGGUAURGGCAAGUUGUCUGACCAUUUUGGCAGGAGACCGGCACUAUUCAUCRGCUUCGUUUUGAUGGUGAUAUUUGGAUUUGGCUCAGCGUUUGCCAACAGUUUCACACUUUUUGCUGUUAUGCGGUUCGGUGCGGGUGUCGGGACGGCYGGUGUUUUGUUGGUUCGGUUUGUUUACUCGAUGGARGUAUCGACUGUGAAACUACGAACAACUCUUGGUUCUAUCAUCAACCUAUUUUUUACGAUUGGCGGCAUCACUCUAAGUGGAAUAGCGUUUUGGUUGACAGACUGGAGAAACUUGAUGUUGACUGCUACUCUUCUUUGCAUCCCACCCCUUUUCUUUUGGAAGUGGAUCCCAGAAUCUCCUUCUUGGCUCAUAGCGAAAGGAAGACUUCAAGAUGCUCAAAAAAUCUUUGAAAAGUUUGCUGCGGCAAAUGGGUGUAAGAUUGAUCCAAAGCAGCUUGAAGCACUGGUCAAAGGUGUCAAAGAUUAUCAAGAACAACAAACMGCCGAUGCUGCAGUUGUAAAGUCUGGAAUUCUAGAUCUUGUAAAGACUAAGAAAAUGAUGAAAAGGACUUUGAUAUUGAGUUAUAAUUGGUUUGUUAAUUCUGUCGUUUUCUAUGGGAUAACGUUAAAUGCAAAAAAUCUUGGAGGAUCAUUUCAUCUCAAUCUUUUAAUACUGUCCGUUGUUGGAUUUCCCAGUGCAUUUGCUUUGUGGAUCGCCUUUAAGAAAUGUGGUCGUCGUAUUGGAUACGUUACGUUUAUGUUAUUAUGUGGAUUAACAUCACUGUUAGUGUUAGCAGUUCCUAGUUCACAAGUGAACGAGUUACGAGAUUUCGAAAAUUCUAAAAUUUGCAAAGAAAUACGUCCAUAUUAUAACAUUAAAUCAAUGGCAUUCUCGUCGCUAUUCAUGAUUCAUUGUUGUUUUGUUACUGACAGGAAUCUUGGUCUUGGAGUUGGUUCGAUGUCAUCUCGUGUAGGAGGGAUAAUCGCGCCAUAUAUCGUGUAUCUUAAUGACUUCAUGCUAAAUCUGCCAUUUAUUGUAUUUGGUAUCAUGGCAUUCUCCGCUGGUCUCCUGGCAGUGUUCCUUCCUGAAACUCUGUUCACACCCAUGCCGCAGACCGUGGAUCAGGUGGAGUCCUGGGACGAGGAUUAUGGUCUGCCAUGUCGAAAGAAAAAGGAGSCUGAAGAAGUUGUAAUGGAAAAUGGUGAACCGGCGCAGAACGAGACCACUGCCGGAGAAACUACUGUACUGUAAUCGUCAAUCUGRCCAUCUAGAGAAUUUAGAUAUGCUUAAAAAUACGUAAACCUCGAUGUGAUUUAUGUUUAGAAGCAUAUAGGCCUGGAUCUUUGCCAUCUCAAAGCUCACUCAUUUACUACUUUCAGGCUGCUCUUUUACAUGGGAAGGCGAAAUUUYACGAAAACCAACACCAUAUAGUGCGUCACAUACCA